AUGACAGUAAUUUCAAAUGCCAAUCUCGCGUUAAACUACGACACUUUCGUCGAUGCGUCUGUUGGCCGAAUUGACGGGGUGCGUCGCCUGAUCGCGCAAUCUAAAGCAACUCGGAACGGGCAACCACGCGAAUACUCCUCCGCGCUUUCUAAAUUUGAGUACGAUCAUGGGGCUCCCGGUGCGCGCAUUGUUUUCCGCCGAGCUGGUGUUCACGACCAGAUUGUUGGCCGGAAAGCCCUCGACGAAAUCCUGCUCACCCGCGUCAAAGACGAAGAAAUUCAGCGCGGUAGCCUUCAGCUCCGCCUCCGAUUUCGCGUUGAGGGCCGAGAUGUUGUCGUCCCUGUUGAUUUCCGGCUCCCCACUAGAGGCUCAAAUAAACAAGCUGUUCAUGGCCUGGUCCUUGCUAUGGACUCUGCUAUGUACCAGGUCCCUGAUGCUCAGGUUCCACGCGAUGCUCAGGUGAAAUUUCGACGCGGAUUCUUGGAGCGGCUGGCCCGGUGGGCCACCUUGACCGUUGUUUCGCUGAUCAAGUACUGGGUCCUAGCUGGGCCCUGUUCCUUUGAACUCAAAUGUAUUCCCCGGCAUAUCGCUGAGGCCUAUCCUGCUGAAGCUACUGCCUACUCUUUCCGCGGGCAGAACCCCUGGCUCAUCUUUUUGCUUUGGAGCCAGUUUUUCUACGCGCGCGUGGCUGCUUGCAACCGCAACCCCGAUGUCGAUCAGAAUCGCGUUUCUGUCCGACUGCUCUUCGACCGGGAUCAGCUCCGCAUCCCGGGUUCGCCCCAAGCAAUUAUUCUUACCGCGAUUAAAUCCGUUGUUGGCGAUUCCAUCUUCUCGGGUGAUGGCGGUCAGAGAUUCGACCACGGAGAAUUUACGGUCUUCCCUCACGACAACUCUUACAAGCUUCUCGCGUUUAAUCUUAAAAAUCGCGCUCAGCUCCUUCCUCUCCCUGCUCUCUCCUUGCUGAAGAUGCUCGCCUGCUAUUUUUACAAUAACAACGUCACUCAUUCGUUCAUGGGAGAGAAUGAGCAGUACACUUAUUACGCGGCUGGUGCUUAUUAUCUCAUCGCCGUUUACGCCAGCCCGGACUUCGCUCUCUACCACGGAAUCUGGCGUUUACUCCUCCAAUUCAUUCGCGAUGCUGGCAUCUACAAGCCCCUUAUCACCCGGGUCCGCCGUGGAAACGAAGAACUCAAAUAUUUCCCACGCGACACAUUCUCUUAA